CGUCACGUGUUCCUGCUGUCCUUGGCCAGCGUGGGUUCUGUGAUCAUCAUGUCUGCACUACUCGCAGGAGCUCGGCUCAUCCUCCGCUCUGGAUUUUACUCCCUGCCGGCAUCUCAUGGCCGGAUCACGCCGGGCCCGGUCAGGUACCUUCUCAGCUCACCCAGGUUUUGUGCGGUUGCCAUUCAACAGAAAGGAAGCAGCAACGAUGAGCCGGUGGCCGCGGUACGGCACAAACAGGCUCAGCAGUUUGACUGGGCGCUCAAUAAGCUGGACAGCUCGGUCAGGAGAACCGGCCGGAUCACCAAAUCACUUUUAUUAAAAAUCUUUCACGAUGUCUGCAGAACAGGUUAUCCCAGCAGUAACCAAGCUUUGCUGCUCCUGAGAAGUUGUGGUUCUUUACUGCCGGAACUACCCAUGCCAGAAAGAAUGGAAAUCGCACACAGGAUCUGGGACAAGUUACAAGAAUUGGGUACGGCGUUUGACGUGAGCCAUUACAACGCUCUGUUGAAAGUGUAUCUUCAAAAUGAACACAAAUUUUCACCCACCGAGUUCCUCGCUAAGAUGGAGGCUGCCAACGUCCAGCCUAAUCGGGUCACUUAUCAGAGACUGAUAGCUGCCUAUUGCAAUGAAGGCGAUAUUGAAGGUGCAAGCAAAAUUCUUGGUUUUAUGAAGAACAAGGAUCUUCCCAUCACAGAGGCAGUGUUCAAUACGCUGGUUACGGGGCACGCCAGAGCUGGGGACAUGGAAAACGCAAAGAAUAUCCUUAACGUCAUGCAGGGGGCAGGCGUAGAACCCAGUCCGGACACUUAUAUUGCCCUUUUAUCCGCGUAUGCUGAGAAAGGCGAAAUUGAAAGCAUCAAACAGACCUUGGCAGAUGUGGAGAAGAAUGAGGGAAGCCUCACUGACCGGGACUUGAUGCAAGUUAUCUGGAGCCUGGCAAAGGCUGGAUAUCCUCAGUAUGUUCAAGAUAUAAUCGAACAAAUGAGACACGACAGAGCCUACAGGCCAGAUGCGAUGAAUCUCUGCUUGAGUUUAAUGACUCAAGGCUUUGAAGAUACAGCUUUCCAGGUCUUAAAGGCCUUCUCUGCACCACACGGUGGUCAAAAUGGAGAUGCUAUUCAGCACGGAAGCUUCUUCUUGCGCCACUGCGUGAAUCUGAACAUGCCUGCGAGUAAAGUGAAGAAGUUUUGCGAUGCAUUACAAGAAGCCAACUUACAUUCCUCACCUCUGCAGUUUGCUUUAUACUGUGCUUUGGAAUCUCAAAAAUCAGGUCUGGCAUUUGAUCUGAUGAAGAUCGCUAAAGAGGAGGGCAUGCCUGUUAGACCCCACUUCAGCUGGCCUUUGCUGGUCCAUUACCAGAAGGAGAAGAACAUACAAGGCACCAUUGAAGUUCUUAAAGCUUUCCGUGACAUGGGAGUGCAGCUGGACCUGGAGACGUAUUCUACCUACGUUUUAAAUGUGUUUGAGAAUACUCAGUCAGUCCGAACACUUCUAAAGGAGAGCGGCUGUGAAGUCGACGACACUUGGCUAUUUGUGUCUGAGCUGAGACACGAAGCAGUCCAAGGGAACCUGGACAAAGUGUUGGCCCUGUUGUCUGCACCUGACUCCCCCGCCGCGGAUCUUGGAUAUUUCAGAGGCAGUCUCAUCUUGGCAUUUAAAAAGUGUGAAGAUGUCGCUGUCAUGGCCAAGAUAACAGAGCUGCUGUACAAGGAUGGUCGCUACUGCCAAGCCCCUUCAGGACCAACUGCAGAAGCUGUUGGCUAUUUUCUUUAUAACUUGAUUGACAGCAUGAGUGAGUCAGAAGUGCAGGCCAAGGAGGAUCGUCUGAGACAAUACUUCCAUCAGCUGAAGAAGAUGAACAUAACCGUGUCCACGAAUAUAUACCGAGGCAUCCGGAAUGUGCUGGAUGCUCGUCAAGUUCCUGAAUUAAUUAAGGAUGUAAUUAUUUUGGUAAACUCAGAAGAAACGUUAUCAUAUUCUGAUAUUAUGAAGACUGCAGAAUGUCAGAUCUCUGCUCUGGAACAGAAGAUCGAGGCUCUGAAAGCCGAGAACAAGCCUUUUGGGGAUGUAGUCGCCCUUCUUAUUAUGAAGCUGUGCUCUGAAGAGAACAUGGAAAAAGCUCUGCAAGUAAAGGCCAAUUACGAACAAGAGAAUCUGCCCAUUGGAGUCUACGCAUCCCUUAUAAAUAUUUGCUGCCGAAACGAUAAUGCGGAGGAGGCUCUCAACCUGAAGCAGGAGAUGGAACGUAAAGACUCCUCAGCUGUUUUAGAUUUCAACAAGUACCAAGCUCUCGUGAAGGUCUUCGCUAAGAACGGCCGCUUAGCAGAUGCUAUUAACGUUCUGAAGGAGAUGAAAGAGAAGGAUGUUCCGAGGAAAAACACAGCGGCGUCGUCGUUCUUCCACAUCCUCAACGCAGCUGCCGUGAGAGGAGACGUCGAAACGGUCAACCAGUUACACGAUUCUAUCGUUACGUUGGAGUUGGCCAAGCCCACGUCAAACCUGUGUUCACCGGUGGUUUCCGUCCACCUGGAGAAGGGUGACCUCGCGGCUGCCGUAGACGCCAUGUUUGACUGCAGCCAAAAGUACAAAUGCAUUCCUCUGCUACAUGACAUCCUUUGCCGACUGGUGGAGAAAGGAGAUACAGACUUGCUGCAGAAAGCCAUGGACCACGUAGCCCGGGAGAGGGGUGAGAUGUCAAUGCUGUAUUCUCUGCUCUUUGCUUUUCUCCAGACUGGAAAGUACAAGGAGGCCAGAAAGAUCAUGGAGACUCCUGGUUUGAGGGCACGACCUGGAAGACUUGAAUGGUUUGCUGAGAAGUGCAUCGCAUCCAAUCGGUAUGAAGUGUUGGAAAACUUAGUAGAAGUGACUCACAAACUCUUUGAGUGUGACCGAGAUGAGAUGUAUUUCUAUCUGCUGAAGCUUUGCAAGGAAAAUAACGACUGGAAGAAAGCAGAUGCGGUUUGGAAUAAAAUUCAAGAAGAAAAUAUAAUACCCAGAGAGAGAACUUUAAAGCUGCUGGCUGACAUUUUUAAAACAAAUGGACAACCUGUCCCGUUUGAAGUACCAGAGGACUGGCAUAAAACACAGCGAGUACUCAAAUCCUCCGCGUCCGACUUUGUUCCAGAAGCCUCCCUUGAAAAGAAAAUCUUGAUUCUCAGUAAAAAGGACAAAGGAAAAGAGGCGUACGAUUUGUUUUUGGAAGCCGAAAAGAACAAUGUCGUGUUAAGCCCAGCUGCGUACAUGAAUCUGAUCAAGACUUUGCUUUCCGACGGGCAGAUUGAGGUUGCAAUGAAAGUGAAAAGCUCCGCCGAAAACAACAUCAACGGCUUCGCAUUGAACGACAUCACCAGCAGCCUCCUCAUCAUAACACAAGUUAGGCGGGAUUAUUUGAAAGAUGCGGUUGGCACUUUAAAGGGAAUGCUUGAUAAUGACAAGAUGCCCACUCAGCUGUCCAUCACGCGUCUCGUUCAAGCCCUGGCCACCAAGGGUGACGUGCAAAGCAUCGAAGCCGUGGAGAAAAUGGUGGCCGGCAUCGGCUCGUCCAUUUCCUUAUCAAACAUGCUUUUUAUUAAUAACAAACUGUUGGCUCAUCUGAAAAAUGGUGACAUUGAAAAAGCCAUAGACUUUGUGGAGCCUUUGUACAUAGAAGCGCAAUCUUCCCAGAUAACAAGUAUUGGUUACGUGUUUAGAAAGGUCAUUGAGGAUAAGAUGGAACCAGCACUUGAUAAAUUGAGCGCCAUGGCGGAGCGUUUGGCCAAUCAGUUUGCCAUGUACCGGCCAGUCACGGAACUUUUCCUCCAGUACAUCCACGCGGGAAGAAAGGAUGACGCUAGAUUCCUGUUACAGAGAUGCACGGCCAUCACAGAGCAGACGCCAAUGCUCGUUUCUUUUAUUGCAAGGAGUUCGCACGCUGCAGACCAGGCUUCCGCAAUCUCGGAUCUACUUGAGCUGAUCCCCGAUUUCGCAGGGAAGGACGUUGCCUAUUCUUACCAAAUGAAGUGCUACGCUGCAAACAAAGAUGUGUCUGCCGCUAAGGCUUUGUACGAGAGGGCAAUAGCCGAAAAACUGACUCCCGACGAACUGUUUCUGAAACGCCUGGCGGUCCUGCUGAGGGAUGCCGGAGAGCCCGUCCCUUUCACGGAGCCCCCUGAAAGUUUCGCCUUCUACGCAAAUGAACUUAAACAGAAGCGGACAGUUUCAACAGAUGAUGCACAUUAGUUGUUAACUCUCGCCUACAACCCCCCCUUUUUUUUUUCUUUUUUCAAGCUUGUAUUUUUGUUUUGUCCUUUUUUAACAUGUUUUGCUUUCCUAGAAAAAAAUAUUACUGUGACCUGAAAAUGAUAUUUAACUUGAGUAAAAAAUAAAAAUGGACACUAUA